UAUUUAUAAAGUGCAAAUUUGCCCUUCAGACGACAUUCAUCGCCUGUUCAUCGCCUGUGGAGGUCAAUAAAGUUAUUUAAAAAAGAAUUCCAACAUGUCUAAAAUUGGUAUUAACGGUUUUGGUCGUAUCGGACGUUUGGUUCUCCGCGCGGCCCUCGAAAAAGGGGCCCAAGUAACCGCAAUCAACGAUCCCUUCAUCGGUUUAGAUUACAUGGUUUACAUGUUUAAAUACGACUCCACUCACGGUAAAUUUCGAGGUUCCGUAGCCACCAAAGACGGAAAAUUAGUCGUAAACGGCAAUGAAAUCACCGUUUUCUCCGAACGCGACCCAAAAGCCAUCCCAUGGGCCUCAGCCGGAGCCGAAUACAUCGUCGAAUCAACGGGAGUCUUCACAACCAUCGAAAAAGCUUCGUACCAUUUAGAAGGGGGUGCUAAAAAGGUUAUCAUUUCAGCUCCAUCGGCUGAUGCCCCAAUGUUUGUUGUUGGUGUAAAUCUUGAUGCUUACGAUCCGAAAUACAAAGUUAUUUCAAACGCUUCGUGUACAACGAAUUGUUUGGCUCCUAUGGCUAAAGUUGUUCAUGAUAACUUUGAGAUUGUUGAAGGUUUAAUGACGACAGUUCAUGCGGUUACUGCGACGCAAAAAACUGUUGAUGGACCAAGUGGAAAAUUAUGGCGUGAUGGUCGUGGGGCCGCCCAAAAUAUUAUUCCCGCUUCAACCGGAGCAGCUAAAGCUGUGGGAAAAGUUAUUCCUUCAUUAAAUGGAAAAUUAACUGGAAUGGCGUUCCGUGUACCAGUCUCAAAUGUUUCUGUAGUUGAUCUUACAGUUCGUUUAGGUAAAGCUGCAAAAUACGAAGAAAUCAAAACAAAAUUGAGGGAAGCCGCCGAAGGCCCCAUGAAAGGAAUUUUGGCCUACACUGAAGAUCAAGUUGUUUCUUCUGAUUUUAUUGGAGAUAAUCAUUCUUCAACGUUUGAUGCUGCAGCUGGUAUUCAAUUAAAUGAUAACUUUGUUAAACUUAUCAGCUGGUAUGAUAAUGAAUACGGAUAUUCUUGCAGAGUUGUAGAUCUUAUUAAGUACAUCCAAACUAAGGAUUAAAUUGCGAUUUAAUGAAUUCAUUAAUCGUGAUUGGAAAUUCAAAAUUUUUUUUAAUAUGAAGUUAUUAACUAUUUUUAUUAUUUCUCUAUCUAUCAAUAAACAUUCUUAAAAU